AUGGAUCGUAAGAGUUGGCCAUGGAAGAAGAAAUCCUCAGAGAAAGCAGCAGCUGCUACUGUUACAGAAGUUGUUGAUCAGAAUGGUGAUAAGAAGCCAAGCUAUAUACAGAUCUCCUUUGAUCAAUACUCUCAUCUAAAUGGUUUAAAAGACGAAGUCAAAAACUACGAGGAAACAGUUUCAAAGCUUGAAGAUCAGAUCAAGGAUUUGGAUUUGAAGCUAUCUACUGCUAAUGCAGAUAUUACAGCCAAAGAGGUUCUUGUCAAACAACACUCCAAAGUCGCUGAAGAAGCUGUCACUGGUUGGGAAAAAGCUGAAGCAGAGGCUUCGGCUUUGAAAACGCAUCUCGAAACUGUUACUCUCGCCAAGCUCACGGUUGAAGACCGUGCAGCGCAUUUGGACGGUGCUCUUAAGGAAUGUAUGAGGCAGAUACGGAGUUUAAAGGAAGAAAACGAACAGAAGCUGCGCGAUGUUAUUGCUACUAAAACCAACCAAAUGGAUAAGCUCAAAGCUGAAUUUGAGUCUAGGAUUGGGGAAUUCGAGCAAGAACUACUCCGGUCUGCAGCUGAAAACGACGCCCUCUCGAGGUCAUUGCAAGAGCGGUCUAACAUGCUUGUGAGGAUAAGCGAAGAGAAAUCCCAAGCAGAGUCUGAGAUUGAGCAUCUUAAGAACAAUAUAGAGUCUUGUGAGCGGGAGAUUAAUACUCUCAAGUAUGAAACACAUGUGAUUACCAAAGAGCUGGAAAUCCGUAACGAGGAAAAGAAUAUGAGUAUGAGAUCUGCAGAAGCAGCAAACAAGCAGCAUUUAGAAGGCGUCAAGAAAAUCGCAAAGUUGGAAGCCGAAUGCCAAAGAUUACGGACUCUUGUGAGAAAGAAACUCCCUGGUCCUGCAGCACUUGCACAGAUGAAAAUGGAGGUUGAGAGUUUAGGCAGAGACUAUGGAGGAGAUAAUCGACAAAGAAGGUCACCGGCUAGACCAUCUAGUCCUCUCAUGUCUCCAAUGUCACACAUGUCACAGAUUUCCGAGUUCUCGCUUGACAAUACGCAAAAGUUCAAUAAAGAAAACGAUUUGUUGACAGAGCGGUUAGUGGCAAUGGAAGAAGAAACUAAAAUGCUGAAAGAAGCUUUGGCAAAGCGUAAUAGCGAGCUUCAAGUGUCGAGGAACCUUUGUGCUAAGACAUCAAACAGGCUUCAAACCUUGGAAGCUCAAAUGAUGAGUAAAAGUCCAAGCAAAGGCAGCUUUGAAAUGCCUGCUGAAAUCUUCUCUCGUCAAAAUGCUAGUAAUCCUCCUAGUAUGGCUUCAAUGUCUGAGGAUGGAAACGAGGAUGCGAGAAGCGUCGCUGGAUCUUUCAUGUCUGAACUCUCUCAAUCCAACAAGGAUAGAAACGGUACGAAGAUGAAGAAGACAGAGAGUGCUAACCAGUUGGAGCUUAUGGACGAUUUUCUAGAAAUGGAAAAGCUAGCUUGUAUACCUAAUGGCUCAAAGGCGAAUGGUUCCGCAGAUCACUCGAGUGCUGAUUCUGAUGCUGAGAUUCUACCAGCGACGCAACUGAAGAAACGAAUCUCUACUGUGAUUCAGUCUCUCCCUAAAGAUGCUGCAUUUGAGAAGAUUUUGGCUGAGAUACAAUGUGCCAUUGAAGAUGCAGGUAGCGGUGUCAAGCUGACUUCUAAUGGAACUAAUGUAAACGGUCUUAAAGAAGAAAAGGAAAUAGCUAUGUCAAAUGAGACCACAGAGGAAAAAGUUAAUAUCGUCGAGGUAAUAACUCAAGAAUUGGCUGAUGCUCUUUCUCAGAUUUACCAAUUUGUUUCCUACCUUUCGAAAGAAGCAACGCCGUGUCACGACACAUUCUCUCGAAAAGUUCAAGAGUUCUCUGUCACAUUCGACAGAGUCUUGGGCAAGGAGAAGACUUUGGUAGAUUUUCUGUUUGAUCUUUCGCGAGUUUUAACCGAAGCUAGUGAACUGAAAAUCGAUGUGUUGGGAUUUAACACAUCCGAAGUGGAGGAGAUUCACAGUCCGGAUUGCAUCGAUAAAGUCGCUCUACCGGAAAACAAAGCACUUCGGAAAGAUUCAUUAGGUGAACAUUACCAGAAUGGUUGUUCUCAGAGCUCUGAUUCCGAUAUUCCGGAUGAUUGCAUCGGAACAUCUGGCUAUGAACCCAAGCUCGCACCAGUAGCAGCAGCACCUGCUUGUAAGUUUACAUCAGAAGAAUUUGAAGAACUAAAACUCGAGAAAGAAAAAGCAGAGACCAAUCUUGCAAACUGUGAAGCAGAUCUUGAAGCAACCAAGUCCAAACUACAAGAAACAGAGCAAAUUCUUGAUGAAGUCAAAUCAGAUUUGGAAUCAGCUCAGAAGUCUAAUGGCAUGGCCGAGACACAGCUCAAAUGCAUGGUGGAAUCUUAUCGAUCUCUCGAAACUAAAUCAUCGGAGCUUGAACUCGAGUUGACUUCUCUUAAAGGCAAAAUCGAAAACUUGGAAGAUGAGCUUCAAAACGAAAAGGAAAAUCACCGCCAAGCUUUAACCAAAUGCCAAGAACUCGAGGAGCAAUUACAAAGGAACAACCAAAAUUGUCCGACUUGUUCAGUAACUGAAGCUGAUCCUAAAACCAAACAGGACAAUGAACUAGCGGCUGCUGCAGAGAAACUAGCAGAGUGUCAAGAGACUAUAUUGCUUCUAGGGAAGCAACUCAAAUCCAUGUGUCCUCAAACAGAACAGGUUGCUUCUUCUCCAAGUCAAGAACAAACCCUAAACCAUGAAGAAGAAGACAACGAAUACACAAAUCAUCAAGACAACAAAUUGAGUUCACCUUCAGACAAAGAAACAAUGAGAUCUCCGGUAGGGUCGAAACACAGACACACAAAGUCAAACUCAUCAUCGUCAUCGUCGGGACUGACUCCUGAGAAACACUCUAGAGGAUUCAGCAGCAAAGCGUUUGCCUCACUUUGUGGGAUGACAUAG